UCUUGACUUUAUCUUCGGAAAUAAAAAGCAUCACGAUACAGGCAAAAAAAUGACAGAGUUUUGGCUGAUUUCUGCUCCUGGGGAAAAGACCUGUCAACAGACAUGGGAGAAACUACAUGCAGCAACAACAAAACAUAACAAUCUUUCUACAAAUUCAAAGUUCAAUAUUCCAGACUUAAAGGUUGGCACACUGGAUGUUUUAGUUGGUCUUUCAGAUGAGCUGGCUAAACUGGAUGCGUUUGUGGAAGGUGUUGUCAAGAAGGUGGCCCAGUAUAUGGGUGAUGUUCUAGAAGACAGUAAAGACAAAGUUCAGGAAAAUCUCUUGGCUAACGGAGUUGACUUGGUCACCUAUAUAACAAGAUUCCAGUGGGAUAUGGCCAAAUAUCCAAUCAAGCAAUCUUUGAAGAAUAUAUCAGAAAUUAUUGCAAAGGGAGUAAACCAGAUUGAUAACGACCUGAAAGCCAGAGCCUCUGCUUACAAUAACCUCAAGGGCAACCUUCAGAAUCUGGAAAGAAAGAACGCGGGAAGCUUGCUAACCAGAAGUCUUGCUGAUAUUGUAAAGAAGGAGGACUUUGUACUCGAUUCUGAAUAUUUGGUCACGUUAUUAGUGGUUGUACCAAAGUCAAAUUAUAAUGACUGGGUUAAGCAGUAUGAAACACUAGCAGAGAUGGUUGUACCACGUUCCAGCAAUGUCCUCUUUGAGGAUCAAGACAGUUACCUUUGUAAUGUCACCUUGUUUAGGAAGGCAGUGGAUGACUUCAAGCAUAAAGCCAGAGAAUAUAAAUUUAUGGUCCGUGACUUCCAGUAUAACGAAGAAGAGAUGAAAGCUGAUAAAGAAGAAAUGAAUAGACUGUCGACUGACAAGAAGAAACAGUUUGGGCCUCUGGUUCGGUGGCUGAAAGUCAAUUUCAGUGAAGCUUUCAUUGCAUGGAUUCAUGUAAAAGCAUUACGAGUUUUUGUUGAAUCUGUUCUAAGGUAUGGUUUGCCAGUUAACUUUCAGGCAAUGCUCCUUCAGCCUAAUAAGAAAACAAUGAAAAAACUGAGGGAGGUUUUGUAUGACUUAUACAAGCACCUUGACAGCAGUGCAGCAGCUAUCAUUGAUGCAACUAUGGAUAUCCCUGGCUUAAACCUCAGUCAACAGGAAUAUUACCCGUAUGUGUACUACAAGAUCGAUUGCAAUUUGCUGGAAUUCAAGUAAAAAAAUUCCCUAACAUGACAAUCCUCUCAGUGUUGGUGUAAACAAACAGAAGUGAGGUUGAAGUACAGUAAAACUUUUAACAUUCUGCUAACACUCCUAUGCUUGCUUCUUCUGUUAGGUGAAUUUUGCCCACUAUGGUCCAUCUCUAGACAUUUUCUUUCUAAGGAAAGUGUAGGUAAACUGCUUUUAACCAAUUAUGUCUGUAAAUGUAUAUUGAGGGAAUUGAAGUAUUUAUAAACAGAGUCAUUUAUUUAAGGAAAAAGUCAUUCCUCUUUCAUAUGGUGAAGUGUGUUAAUUCCAUUUACCAUUGUUUAUAUAAAAAUUGUUUACAAAAGAAUAGUGUAAAUGUUUAUGGCCAUUUUGUUCAUUUGAUUCAGUGGAUGCAAUUGUGUUAACAUUGUUGAACUGUGAUGUAAAGUAUGUAAAAUGGUAUGAAAUUGUGUUUUCUGAAUGUUUUAAAAUUACAAUCAAAGCACUAUAACCACAGGAAAAAUAAAAAUACCUGUGCAAAUGUGUCA